AUGGACAGUUGGGGCAGACGAGCAUCGGCCGCUCCCUUCGGCGCCGGCGCGUGCGUGUUUCUUCUAUCUGCUGUAGGUCGGACAUAUCUUAGCAGUCGAGUGUUCUCCCGGGUGAAGAUCGCCGGAGAUUUGAGGUUGACUGAGUUUGGUCUUUCGCUUCGAUCACCGACGACAUCUCUGUUGAACUAUGGGCGUACCCUCCCCAACGUCGUCGACUGGACUGAUGAAUAUGAUUUCGGCAAUCCUCGGAACUUCUCCCCGGUUACUAAAUGGGGAACGACAGUACACUACGGCCUCGUUACCUUUAUUGUUACUUUUGCCAGUUCGAUUUUCAGCACUGCAACCGAGGUGACGAGCGAGUUGUUCGGGGUCUCAAAGGAUAUCAUGCAUUUAGCAACGGCACUCAAUGUUUUGGGAUUUGCAUUCGGACCCCUGGUUUUUGGGCCACUCUCUGAGGUGUACGGCAAGACUCCCCUGCUACUGGGACUGCUCGUCUUCUGUGUUUUCAACAUACCAGUUGCAGUCGCUGCAAAUGUCGAGACGAUAUUAAUAUGCAGAUUCAUCGUUGGUUUCGGAGGCGCGGCUCCGCUGGCCAUCGUUGGCGGCGCACUCGUGGACCUCUUUCUUCCCAUUGAGAGAGGCAUCGCAGUCUGUAUCUUUGCCGGCGCAACUUUCAUGGGCUCCAUCUUCGGGCCGAUCGUCGGUGGCUUUGUUACUGAAUCCUCCUUGGGUUGGCGAUGGACAGCUUGGCUGACGCUCAUCCCCGGUGCUGUGCUGUGGGCGAUUCUCUUGCUCUUCAUUCCGGAGACAUACGGCCCAGUCAUCCUCAAGCGAAGAGCUCGAGAGCUUCGUUUCGAAACUGGCAACUGGACAUUUCAUGGAGCCAUUGAAGAGCAUCGCCUGGAGCUGGGCGAUGUUGCGCAGAGGUAUCUCGUCAGACCGAUCGUCAUGCUCUGUCGCCAGCCCAUCUUGGCCCUCGUGACGGUCUAUAUGUCGCUCAUCUACGGCAUCUUGUAUCUGUUCUUUGAGGCCUAUCCAAUCUCAUUUUCAGCCAAACGAGGCUGGAGCUUGGGCGUUGGAACACUUCCUUUCCUAAGCCUUGGGCUCGGUAUUGUGCUUGUGGGAGUAGUCGUGCUGUUGCACCUCAGACUUCGAUACGCAAAGAUAUACGAAGCAGCUGGGAAGGUGCCGCCAGAGGAGCGUCUCAUUCCAAUGAUGUUUGGCUCAGUCGCACUAGCAAUAGGCAUGUUUUGGUUUGCCUGGACAAGUGACCCAGACAUACAUUGGGCUCCGCAGGUCCUUGCCAGUGUUCCCACCGGGAUAGGAAUCAUGACCAUCUUCAUUCAGGGCUUGGUGUACAUCAUCGACACGUAUGCUCAACUCUCAAAUAGCGCCAUCGCGGCCAAUGUAUUCUUGAGAAGCUGGGUUGGUGCCGGUUUUACCAUGUUCGCAACCAGCAUGUACAACAAAUUAGGCGUUGCAUGGGCAUCAUCGCUGCCUGGUUUCAUCUCCAUUUCUUUAAUACCAGUCCCAUUCUUGUUUUAUAAGUAUGGCCAAGUCAUUCGGAAGAAAAGCCGAUACGCUCCAAUUGCGGACUAAAGCAUUGGCAAGUCGGCCGAAUGGCAAUUGAGUUGAGAAUCUGAGAUAAACGCAACCUAAUGCAUAGAAUUGUUGAGCCUCUGGAGAAAUGCGACCAACACCAUGCCGUGCAAAGCAUUUCCUCGGACUUGGUCCAGGCCCCGAUUACAGAGUUACUGUAGGUUGAAAGAAACGUAUAGAGAGCUAGCUCAUAGGUCGACUAAAGAUCCAUUCUCCCCUCUCUAAAGUUAUUAUCCGUUCCCGCGCGGAAGGGCUUUGCG